AUGGACUACUUAUCGGAAACCAGCGAGCAGGCGCUUAUUCGAGGGAUAACAUUCCUGACAGCACUAUAUCGGGUCGAUGUUGAAGCCGCCUCCGCUAUAUUCACCAUCGAAGGCACUCUGGAAAACAUCAUGGACAGCGUGGAGCUUUCGCCUUCAGUAGAGCUUUCUCUCGCAGUCGCCAGGCUCCUUGCCGAAGCCAGCGGGCAUAAGAAAUCCCGCGCAACACUGACCUCCGGUGUCAGGACAUGGUUGGACGUCCAGUCAUCGAAACAAACAAGUUCGGAAUUGGCGGCAGCUUCCAUCGUCGCCCUCGUGAAGCUGUGGCAUGGAGCUAGCUCGGAUAGUCCCAACGACAGUGUGUCAGAGGCGACCCCGGGCAUCGAUGUCAACCGACUGACAACCCAACUCAAGACCGUGGUCAUCGAUUCAUCCGACCAGUCGACCCUCGCUGAGGCUGUGGAAGGUCUGGCCUACCUCACUACGAAACCUUCAAUCAAGGAGUAUCUCUCGAAGGACGCCGCCUUCCUGAAGCGUCUCAUUGAAACCAUCCCAAUACGAAAGGCUUCCUGGAACAAUUCCCCCUCACCAGUCAACUCCGCUCUACUCUAUGGGAUCGUCACAAUCAUUCAUAACCUUUCGAGAUAUCAACCGAUUCUCAGCGACGAGCAGAGACAGAUUGAGAAACUCAAGAAGAUGGCCAGUGCAGCACAAGGAUCUCAACCGCAGCCUGACGAAGAUUCCAAGCUCGAUGCCAACGACUACGUUAAAGCAAGAAUUCAACGCCUCAUCAACGCCAAUGUCUUACCAGCUCUGUCAGUAGUAGCUCUUUUGAGCGAUAGUCAGGCCAUCCAGCGCAACGUCGGGAAGAUUCUUUUGAGUAUUGUGGAAGAGAAGGAGGUGCGGGGGAGGGUGUUACAGAGUGGAGGAUCCAAGGCGUUGCGUCAUAUCAUUAAACGCCUAGCCCCAGAGGUCGAUAAAACCAAGGACUGGACUUCAGGCCCAGUUGACCUGGAGCCCAUCCAAGCUCUCGCUAAACUCACCAUCACAUCACCUCCAAUACACGUCUACGGACCUGACGUUGGAGCCAUCUGCGACGCUAUCCGGCCUUUAUCGCUUCUCGUCCUCCACCAAUCUGCCAACUCGUUGCAACAAUUCGAAGGCAUGAUGGCCUUGACGAACCUAGCCUCCCAUGGCCCAGAUGUGGCCAGCCGCAUUGCAAGUGUUGACGGUUUGCUGAACAAAGUGGAACUGUUGCUAUUGGAAGACCACACCCUUGUCUGCAGAGCCUCGAUGGAACUCAUCUGCAAUCUCGUGUCUGGUUCAGAAGCCGCCUUUACGAGGUAUGCAGGUGACGGGAAAGGCAAAGCUCCGAAGUCGAAGAUACACGUCGUCCUCGCACUUUGCGACGUCGACGACGUCCCGACACGCUUGGCGGCUUCAGGGACCCUCGCUAUCCUGGCCUCCUCGCCGCCGGUAUGCUAUGCUCUCUUCGAUCUCCAAUUGGAGAAGGGGAGAUUCCUGUCCAUCAUCAUCGCUUUAUUGUCUCCAAUAUCCCAAGAUAAUACAAAUCCCAAAGAAGACAAGAACUUAAUACAUCGGGCAGCACAUGUACCGUCACAGCAAUCAAUUGUGGCACCGUCGAAAAAGGCGGGCAAGAAGGUUACCCCGAAGAAGGCAGCAGGCAACAAUGCGAAAUCCAAGGUGGCCAAGGCCGAUUGGAAGGAAGGUUUCAAGAAGAAGCAAGUCGGUGUUACGGAUAUGACGUUGCUGACGACUAUAAGCAAUGAGAGUAUCAAUGAGAAUCUGCAGAAGCGAUGGACCAAUGGCGAAAUAUACACUUACAUUGGAGCUGUGCUAAUCUCAGUGAACCCAUUCCGAGAUCUUGGGAUUUACACGGAUGAGGUGUUGCAAAGAUAUCGAGGCAAGAAUCGGCUGGAAGUACCGCCACACGUCUUCAGUAUUGCAGAAAGCGCGUACUACAACAUGAACGCGUACCACGAGAAUCAAUGUGUCAUCAUCUCAGGCGAAUCUGGAGCUGGAAAGACCGAAGCUGCCAAGCAGAUAAUGCAAUACAUCGCUGCAGUUUCCGGAGGACAGGAUAGUGGGAUCCAGGAAAUUAAGGACAUGGUGUUGGCCACAAACCCGCUGCUCGAGAGUUUCGGUUGUGCCAAAACAUUGCGUAAUAACAACUCCAGUCGACAUGGAAAGUAUCUCGAAAUCAUGUUCAAUGAUCGCGGAGAACCCGUUGGUGCCCAGAUCACCAAUUACCUCCUCGAAAAGGGUCGUGUCGUGGGCCAAAUCGAGAACGAGCGAAACUUCCACAUAUUCUACCAAUUCACUAAAGCUGCGAGCGACGAGCAACGAGAGGCCUUUGGUCUCCAAGGACCGGAUGCGUAUGCAUACACUAGCAUGAGCAAUUGCCUUGAUGUCCAGGACAUUGACGAUACCAGGGAUUUCGAAGGGACCAUUAUGCUUGCGACUAUCCUUUGGCUAGGCAACGUGCAGUUCGACGAGAAUGAGGAAGGCAAUUCCGUCAUCUCGGACACUGGAGUCACGGAUUUCGUGGCCUACCUCAUGGAGGUUGAUGCGGCGACUGUCCAAAAGGCCCUUACGACCAGGGUCAUGGAGACAACCCGAGGUGGUCGCCGUGGAUCAGUAUACGAUGUCCCUCUCAAUCCAUCACAGGCCACCUCAGGCCGAGAUGCCCUGUCCAAGGCUAUCUAUAACAACCUCUUCGAGUGGAUUGUAGCCAAAAUCAACGUUUCGUUAAAGACACGUUCGGCUUAUUCUCAUAUCAUUGGUAUCUUGGAUAUCUUCGGUUUCGAAAUCUUCGAGGACAACUCCUUUGAGCAACUGUGUAUCAACUACGUCAAUGAAAAGCUGCAGCAGAUCUUCAUUGAGUUGACCCUCAAGACCGAACAGGAAGAAUAUGUCCGAGAGCAGAUCAAAUGGACACCAAUCAAAUUCUUCAACAACAAGGUUGUCUGCGACCUAAUCGAAGAGCGCCGUCCACCAGGAAUAUUUGCUGCCCUCAAUGAUGCUUGUGCAACCGCCCACGCCGAUCCCACCGCUGCCGACAACAGCUUUAUCCAACGAAGCGCUGGCCUUUCAUCCAAUGGUCACUUCGAGUCUCGUGGAGCUCAGUUCUUGGUCCGACACUACGCUGGCGAUGUCAUGUACAACGUUGCUGGAAUGACCGAUAAGAACAAGGACUCGCUCAUUAAAGAUCUUCUGGACUUGAUUGGCACUAGCGGCAACGCCUUCCUCCAAAACCUGUUCCCGGAUCGUCCUGACCCCAAUAGCAAGAAGCGCCCACCUACAGCCAGCGACAGAAUCAAGCAAUCUGCAGGGGCCUUGGUGGACAAGCUGAUGAAAUCGCAACCCUCCUAUAUUCGAACCAUCAAGCCCAACGGAAAUCGCAGUCCGUCUGAAUAUGAUACCAAGGCCAUUCUACAUCAGAUCAAAUAUCUCGGUCUACAGGAGAACAUUCGAGUUAGGCGUGCUGGUUUUGCAUACCGAAAUACCUUCGAGAAAAUGGUGGAACGAUUCUAUCUGCUCUCCCCCAAGACAUCCUACGCUGGUGAAUACAUCUGGACGGGAGAUGCCAAGUCUGGUUGCGAGCAAAUCUUGAAGGACACUGGAAUUGCUAAAGAUGAAUGGCAAAUGGGUGUCACGAAGGCCUUUAUCAAGAACCCAGAGACCUUAUUCGCACUGGAGACCAUGCGGGAUCGUUAUUGGCACAACAUGGCCGCACGUAUCCAGAGAGCAUUCAGAAACUAUAUGCGGUACAAACAUGAAUGUGCUCGUAGAAUUCAGCGCUUCUGGAAGAACAACAAGGAGGCAUUGGUUUACGCUCAGGUUCGGGACUAUGGUCAUCAACUCCUUGCCGGCCGCAAGGAAAGGAGGCGCUUCAGUCUUUUGAGUUAUCGUCGAUUCAUGGGUGAUUACCUCGACAUCAGCGGAAAGAGCUCCCUCGGCGAGGAGAUCGGGGAAGCAUGUAGCCUUGGCCGAGAUGAACCUGUCAAAUUCAGUGCGAGCGCUCGGCUGUUGGUUUCCAAGCUCGGAAGGUCCAGUAAACCUAGUCCUCGGUACAUCGUUUUGACGCCAAAAGCGGUUUAUAUUGUCAUUGUCACGGCAAAGGAUGGCCAAGCAAUGUUCAGUCUGGAGCGCAAGAUUGCUCUUGUCACCAUAAAGUCCAUUCAAAUGUCUACUCUACGAGAUGACUGGUUUACACUGAACCUUGGACCCACUGAAGAGGGCGAUCCAGUUCUUAGCUGCUACUUCAAGACCGAGUUCGUGACACAUCUCAUGCAGUUGACUCAGGCUGGAAUCAACUUCAACAUCGCACCGACUAUCGAAUACACCAAGAAGAAGGAGAAGAAGGCACAGAUCAAGUUCGUCAAGGAUGAGACAAUUCCCAAAGAUGACGUCUACAAGAGUCACACCGUCCAUGUACCUUCAGGGGAACCUGCGGAUAGUGUCUCAAGACCGCCUGCUAAGCGGAAAGCAGGAGUUGUCCGUCCGAUCACCCAAGGGAAACUCCUUCGUGCUGGAGGACCAUCGAAACCGAACAAUUCGAGGCCACGACCCACAGCACAACCACUUCCGGGUCAGUCAAAGCCUGCCGUUGCUACACCAAGUGUUGUGUCUACGCCAGCAGCAGCAGCUGUUGUCUCUAAACCGAAACCCGCCGCCUCCACUCCUGCUGCCGUCCGCGCUCCUGCAGUGACGCCAGCAGCUCGGUCAGUACCACCUCCCCCACCCCCACCGCCUCCAGCCCGAGCCGAACCGGAGAAAGAAAUGUAUCGCGCCAAGUUCGAUUUCCAGGGCCAAGAGGGCGAGAUGAGCCUGACGAAAGACGACGAAGUCGAGCUGAUCGAGAAGGACGAAAACGGAUGGUGGCUGGUGAAGAAGGACGGAGUAGAAGCUUGGGCACCGUACAACUACCUUGAACGUAUUGCUCCCAAGGCUGCUCCUGCGCCGCCGCCUCCUCCAGCACGUCCUCGUCCUACAUCCACAGUACCGAAGCCCCCCCUUUCUUCGACCACGGCAGAUGCAUCGGCGAAACCAGUGGCUGUUUUCCCAGGAAUGGGUGCGAGCAACGGCGGUCCCACCCCUUGGAAGAAAUCGGCAGCUACGACCGACUCUACCCCGAAUUCAUCGCGUCCAGGAAGCGCGGCUGCCAAGGUGCCUCCACCUGUAGCAGCGAAGCCGAAGCCGCCCGUGGUUGCCCCCAAGCCUGGGGUGCCCAAACCUGGCGGCAAGCCUGCUCUGCCUACCACUGCCCGGCCAGCUCCAUCUGGAGGCGGCGCAGCUGCCGGACGUCUCGGUGGGGGAGGUGGUGGUCCUGGCCAACUCGACCUUGCUGCAGCACUGGCUAAGCGUGCCCAGCGCAUCGCAGACGAAGAUUGAUGAAGCAGCAGGAUGUUCUCUCCAUCUUGCCCUUAUCUUCCCUCUAGUUCAUUUCAUUGCAGUAAUGUGCCAUAC